UCUAACCGUUCCGUUCCAUCAAAACACCUGAAAAUCCUAACCAUUCAUUUCUUUCAGUCUCCUCCUUCCUCUUCUUCUUCUCCAUUCAAUGGCAAUUAGAUGUUCUUUUCCUUGUCUUGGGAUUCCAUGCAGCAGUGAUAUGAACAAGAAUCACGUGACCAAGGUCUCCAUGGCCCACCAAAGUCACGUGCCACCCAAGAGAACAUCUACCACCAUCAUCAGAUCCUUCAAAAUAAAAAACAAGGUUUUCGAGGAUCAAUCGAGCGGCAUAGUCUGUUACAUAGACGACGCAGGGGAGGUGAUCUGCGAAGGAUACGAUGAGGGCCCACGAUACAGUGGGCCACCUUUGCCUGAACUUAACGACCAAAGAUUGAAUGGGCUCAGAGAACUUCCAAAUAUCGAUUUCCUGCAUCCAAACCAGCUACGAAUUCAAGUCCUAAAUUCUCAAUGUAUCAAAAUGGGUGUCGCCAGUCAAGAUGAUUGGCCCGAUUUCAAUAAUCCUUAUGGCGUCUAAGCCGAAGAGGAGUGGAUUCCAUUGGAUAGGUUGAAUACAUUUCCAUGUGAAGAAAUGAUUUCAAGAGAAAUCAAAGAAGAGGUACAGAUUAUAGAGUUUAGACGAUCGUAUAACCUCUUUUCGCUGUAAAAACAACAUGUUUUCAUAGCACUUCAAAUCUAAUGUUUAAAAGCUGGCUAAAUUAUAUGUAGAUGACAUUCUCUAUAAAUUGUAAUUGUUAGGGGUGUGUUUGGAUGUAGAAGUGAAUUGAAUUGCAAAAUACUCAAUU